AUAAAGAUCCAAAGAGUUUUUUUCUUUUCAAUCAUCAGAUCUCACUUUCACCUCUUCCUCUCUCCCUCUAACACAAGACACAUCGCCUGCUUUGCAUCCAAAUUAUUUUUAUAUAGCCUUUACAACUAUUACUUCGGUUUUUUUACACUCCGCAACAACAAUGAUCUUUCUUUUACCAUCCUAAAUGCAAACUGACCAAAAGGGACUGCCUUGAUGGGAUCUUUAGCCAAACCGUCUCUAUACUGGAUUAAAAAGCGAGGAUCACAAAGCGGCAGCAAAAUAUUGCCUGGAUGCGAUGAACGCCUCAUGUAGGCAUCAGCAUGGAAAGCUGUGAUUCUCCCGCCGUUUCUGGGACCGACGAUGGGCUCACCGCCGCCGCCGCCUCCCCGCAGCGCCCCCCGCAGCGCCCCCCGCAGCCCUGGAACGAUCACUCCAACGUGCAGGUCCCCCCCAGCAGCCCGGCCCCGUCCCUCGAGCCCCUGUCCCUGUCCGCGCCCUACCCCUCCCAGCUCCAGGGCCCGGGCGUGGCCCGCGAGGGCGUGAGAGACCAGCCCCCGCGCGCCGCGCGCACCCCGCCCUCCGCCCCCGCCGACGGCAGCCCCGCCCGGGCGGCGGCGGCCAAUAGGAAGGGGCCGGAAGAGGAGGAGGAGGAGGAGGAAGGAGGCGGGAGCUGCGGGGACGAGGAGGAAGAGGAGGAGGAUGAAGAUUUGGACGACUUGGAUGAAAUGGAGAUGGACGGCUGCUUCCCGAGUCUGCAGCCCUUCCCCGGGGGGCCCCUGGCCCCGGGCGGGGGGGCCAUGCCCACGCUCCUGCAGGGGGGCGCGGAGAGCGGGAGCGAGGAAGGAGAGGAGGAGGAGGAGGAAGAGGAGGAGACCAGCGACGUGGAGAACCUGGCCGGAGAGAUAGUCUACCAGCCCGACGGCUCGGCCUACGUUGUGGAAAGCCUCAGCCAGCUGAUCCAAAGUGGUGGGGGCGCGGGACCUGGCCUGCUCCCCACAAACUCCCUCCCCAGCACGGGGAAGCCGGGCGACCCCGCCGGGGCCCCUCCCUCGGUCUACCCUCAGAUCAUCAACACGUUCCACAUAGCCUCGUCGUUCGGGAAGUGGUUCGGCCCGUCAGACCAAGUUCCCAAUACCUCAACCCUGGCGGGCCUCAGCCCCGUCCUGCACAGCUUCCGCGUCUUCGACGUGCGGCACAAGAGCAACACGGAGUACCUGAACAGCGACGGGUCUGCCAAGAAGUCCUGCGUAUCCAAAGAUGUUCCCAACAACGUGGAUUUCUCCAAAUUCGACGGGCUGGCCCUGUACGGCAAGGGCAAGCCCAUCCUCAUGUGUUUCCUGUGCAAGCUGUCCUUCGGCUACGCGCGCUCCUUCGCCACGCACGCCGUGCACGACCACCGCAUGACGCUGAGCGAGGAGGAGCGCCGUCUCCUCGGCCACAAGCACGCGUCCGCCAUCAUCCAGGGCAUCGGCAAGGACAAGGAGCCCCUCGUCAGCUUCCUGGAACAAAACAAGAGCUCCGGCGCGCCCGCGCCCUCUAUGGUGCCGCUCCGGUCGGGGCAGAGUUUCUACGGUACCUUCAGCGGGGUGCACCUGGAGCCGGGCAGCGGGGCGCUCCUCAAUAAGGACUCGGAGUCGCUGGCCCCGCCCGUGGCCUUGGGCUCCCUGCUCUCGCUGGGCGCCCUCGGCAGCCCCAGGCCGCCCUCGCUUACCUCAGCCCCCGGCCCCGCCAAAGACUCCAGCACCCGGCCUGAGCAGGGAGGGAGAGCAGAGGGGCCCGGGACCCGCCGGGGGGCGGACGGCGCCGAGCGGGAGGCCCGGCCGGGCCAGGAGCUCCUCCCUGGCUCGGAGGCGGGCUCGGAGGAGGAGGAGGAGGAACUGUUAGAGGAAGAGGAGGAUGAGGAAGAGGACGGAGGUGCUGCAGCGGCCUGUGUCGGUGCUGAGGAGGGGGGACCCGCUGUCUCAAACCAAAGCAUUUCCAAAUCUCCUUUAUUAAUGCCUAGUAGCGCUCUCCGGCCUUCUUCCUGCCCCCCUGCGGCAAGCCCCACGCACAACAGCAAAGCCCCCGCCUCCGCUUCCUGUUCCUCUGCCUCCGCUUCCUGCUCUCCGGCGGCGGGGCCGGACGGCGGGGGGCGGGCCUCCGAGCCCCCUCCCAGCUUUAACUGCCAGGGGCCCGGCCUCCCCGUGGCGACGCCGGCCCCCUCCGGCAGAGGGGCCGAGGACGACCCCGCGGCCUGCCCGCCCGCCGCCCGCCCUCCUCCCCCCCCGGCCCCCGCCGACCCCGCCGCUGCAGACGAAAGUGCCAAUCGAGAUAGUGCCACAGCUGAACCAAAUGAAGGCCCGGCUGAGGGGGACGACGACGGCGGGGCCCUCCUGCACCAUCACCACCUCCACCACCUGCACCACCACCACCACCUGCACCCCUCGCCCCACGCCCACGGCCACUCCCACCCGGGGGCGCCCUGCGACCUGGCGGGCGCCGGGGAGUGCCCGCAGAGCCACGGCGGCCUGGGCGGCAGCGGGGUGGAGUGCCCCAAGUGCGACACGGUCCUGGGCUCCUCCCGCUCGCUCGGCGGCCACAUGACCAUGAUGCACUCGCGCAACUCCUGCAAGACGCUCAAGUGCCCCAAGUGCAACUGGCACUACAAGUACCAGCAGACGCUGGAGGCCCACAUGAAGGAGAAGCACCCGGACUCGGGCGGGUCCUGCUCCUUCUGCAGCAGCGGGCAGAGCCACCCGCGCCUGGCCCGCGGCGAGAGCUACACCUGCGGCUACAAGCCCUUCCGCUGCGAGGUGUGCAACUACUCCACCACCACCAAGGGCAACCUCAGCAUCCACAUGCAGUCGGACAAGCACCUCAACAACAUGCAGACGCUGCAGAACGGCAACUCCCUGGCCCCCGCCGGCGAGCAGGUGUUCGGGCACGCGCCCAGCAGCGUCAGCGUGGUGCCCGUUCCCUCGGCGACGCAGGCCUCCGCCCACCACCAACACAACCACCAACACCAACACCAACACCACCACCCGGCCCAGUCCGCCCACGCGGGCGGGGCCUGCGGGGCGCCCUCCCCCACCAAGCCAAAAAGCAAGCCCACGUGGCGGUGCGAGGUGUGCGACUACGAGACCAACGUGGCGCGGAACCUGCGCAUCCACAUGACCAGCGAGAAGCACAUGCACAACAUGGUGCUGCUGCAGCAGAACGUCACGCAGAUGCAGCACGGCCGGCUGGGCCUGGGCCUGCCCUCGCCCUCCGAGGCCGAGCUGUACCAGUACUACCUGACCCAGAACAUGAGCCUGCCGCCGGGCCUCAAGAUGGACCCCGCCGGCGCGGACGCCCAGUACCUGCUGGGCGGCUACCACCUGGACCCCAACAUGGCCGCCCUCGCCCCCACACUCGUAGGCGGGGAGCUCCCUAUGGACAUGCGUCUGGGCGGCGGUCAGCUGGUGUCGGAGGAGAUGAUGACGCUGGGGGAGAGCCUGUCCCAGACCAGCGACCCGUCCCUGAAGCUCUUCCAGUGCGCCGUGUGCAACCGCUUCACCACGGACAACCUGGACGUGCUGGGCCUGCACAUGGGCGCGGAGCGCAGCCUGCCCGAGGAGGAGUGGAGGGCGGUGGUGGGCGACGCGCACCAGUGCAAGCUGUGCCGCUACACCACGCAGCUCAAGGCCAACUUCCAGCUGCACUGCAAGACCGACAAGCACGUGCAGAAGUACCAGCUGGUGGCGCACAUCAAGGAGGGCGGCAAGGGCAACGAGUGGCGGCUGAAGUGCGUCGCCAUCGGCAACCCCGUCCACCUGAAGUGCAACGCCUGCGACUACUACACCAACAGCCUGGAGAAGCUGAGGCUGCACACCAUCAACUCCCGGCACGAGGCCAGCCUCAAGCUCUACAAGCACCUGCAGCAGAACGAGAGCUGUGUGGAGGGAGAGGCGUGCUGCUACCACUGCGCUCUGUGCAGCUACUCCACCAAGGCCAAGCUGAACCUGGUGCAGCACGUGCGGUCCAUGAAGCACCAGCGCGGGGAGAGCCUGCGGAAGCUCCAGCGUCUGCAGAAGGGCCUGCCCGAGGAGGAGGAGCUGAGCGCCAUCUUCAGCAUCCGCAAGUGCGCCCCCGACAACGCAGGAGAGCUGAGCGAGGAUGUGGAGGCAGCCGGGGAGGCCAGCACUGACCAGGAGGACCAAACCAAAGACGGGGAGAGUGGGGGGGAGAAGGAGCUGGCGAAAGGAACAGCUUCCAGCCAGGUGGACAGGGAACGCACCGAUUCCCCACUCCCCUCCAAACGCCCUUCCUCAAGGUCUGGGGUGACGGAGAGCCCCCUUUCCUCAAAGCGUCCCCGGACGGCUGACAAGAGCGCCAGUGAACAGCUGUUCCAGUGCCCCUACUGCAAGUACAGCAACGCGGACGUGAACCGGCUCAGGAUGCACGUGAUGACUCAGCACUCUGUGCAGCCCAUGUUCCGCUGCCCCCUGUGCCAGGACAUGCUCAACAACAAGGUGCACCUGCAGUUCCACCUCACACACCUGCACAGCGUCGCCCCCGACUGCGUGGACAAGCUUAUCUCCUCGGUGACGCCCUCGGACGUUCUGCCGGCGAGCAUGUUCGUACCUGUUCCAGGCUCGGAGAAGGACGGGCAGAAUCUGCAGACGAUGACCAACUCCAGCUCUGACGAAACAAAGAAACAGACAGAAACCUCAGAGGCAGACUCUGAGAAGGGGGCUCCGCCUCCCCCAGAGGUCACAGAAGCCCGCAGGUCGCCCCUGGAAGACCAGCAGCCGACGAAGGACGAUUCCACCGGCUUCCUGUGCUGGAAGAAAGGCUGCAACCAGGUCUUCAAGUCCUCCAACGCCCUCCAGAUGCACUUCAACGAGGUGCACAACAAGAGGCCGCAGCUCCCCGUCUCGGACCGGCACGUCUACAAGUACCGCUGCAACCAGUGCAGCCUGGCCUUCAAGACGGUGGAGAAGCUGCAGCUGCACUCGCAGUACCACGUGAUCCGCGCGGCCACCAUGUGCUGCCUCUGCCAGCGCAGCUUCCGCACCCUGCAGGCCCUGAAGAAGCACCUGGAGACCAGCCACCUGGAGCUGAGCGAGGCCGACAUCCAGCAGCUCUACGGCGGCCUGCUGAUGAACGGCGACCUCAUGGUCAUGGGCGACCCGACGCUGGGCGAGGACCACGUGGCCCUGGGCGAAGACGAUAAGGACGGGGAGGAGAGCGACGCCGAAGAGAAGCAGAGCCCGACCGGGAGCGACUCGGGCUCGGUCCAAGAGGACUCCGGAUCGGAACCGAAGCGCGCCCUGCCGUUCAGAAAAGGCCCCAAUUUCACCAUGGAGAAGUUUCUGGACCCGUCCCGUCCGUUUAAAUGUACAGUCUGUAAAGAGUCCUUCACGCAGAAGAAUAUCCUUCUGGUCCACUAUAACUCUGUCUCGCACUUGCACAAGGUCAAGCGGGCUCUGCAGGAGUCCUCCACCGGUCAGCCUGAGUCCACGAGCAGUCCAGACAACAAGCCGUUCAAGUGUAGCACUUGCAAUGUGGCGUACAGCCAGAGCUCCACACUGGAGAUUCACAUGCGCUCGGUCCUCCAUCAGACCAAAGCACGCGCGGCCAAGCUCGAAGCAGCAGGUGGCAGCAGUAGCUCCAUCUCGGCCGCGGGCGGAAACGGAGGCGGUGCGUCAGUAAGCACUUCUGCUCCCAGCCCCAGCCCCAGCCCGGCCACUAACUCAACGACCGCCACAAGCAACAGCAGCUCUUCCUCCGGGGUUCAGACCGUGUCCAGCCUUCUGGGCGGCGGGCACAUGAACCAGUCCCACAGCAUCGAAAGCUUGGGAAACUCUUCGGCGUCGUGUCACCCUCCUCCAUCAGAAAACCACGAGUCGAAGAAGAAGAAAUUUGCGGACAUGCUGUCGUCAAGGGGACAGCAGCAGCAGCAGCAGCAGCAGCAGUUGCAGCAACAGCAGCAGCAGCAGCUGGCUCAGGCCCAGGCCCAGGCCCAGGCUCAGCUCCAGCAAGAGCUGCAGCAGCAGGCCGCGCUCCUCCAGUCGCAGCUUUUCAACCCGGCGCUUCUUCAGCACUUCCCCAUGACGACCGACGCUCUCCUGCCGCUCCAGCAGCAGCAGCUCCUCUUCCCGUUCUACAUACCCGGGGCGGAGUUCCAGCUGAACCCCGAGAUCAACCUCGGCAGUCUGGCCGGCGCCACCACCUCCUCCCUGUUGGACGACCUGAAGAACUCGGCCCAGCAGAGCUGCUUGCAGCAGCAGCUGAUGCACCACCACCUGCAGCAGCAGCACCAGCAGCAGCAGCAGCAGGCUCACUCUCAGGCCCAGGGGCAGAUGGCUCUGCUCCAGCAGAGCGCGUCUCUUCUUCAGCAUCAGUCGGAAAAGAAGCCCAAGCCUGCGUCUCAGAGCGAGAAAGACCGAGACGGGCAGAGGGAUAAAGAAGCGAAUGAGAAAUCGGAAGAACACGUCUCCAAAGAUCCCUCGGAUAAUAUGAAAUCUAAAGACAAGAAGGAUCAACAGCCAGCUGCAGUGGGAGGAAACCAUGAACCCGGCUUUCCUCCGCCUAGAAUUGCCUCGGACGCUCGUGGAAAUGCAACAAAGGCCCUCUUGGAGAACUUUGGGUUUGAAUUAGUGAUUCAGUACAAUGAAAACAAGCAGAAAGUGCAGAAGAAAAUGUCAGGGAUCGGACCAGCAGGGUCAGGCGGGCAGGGUGGAAUCAGCAGAGUGGUGGAUCCCGUUGAGGGACUUGAAAAGCUGGAGUGUGAGGCCUGUGGCAAGCUAUUUUCGAACAUACUGAUUCUCAAGAGUCACCAAGAGCAUAUCCACCAGGCCUUCUUCCCCUUCCGUUCCCUGGAGAGGUUUGCUAAGGAGUACAGGGAGCAGUACGACAAGCUGUAUCCUCUAAGACCCCAGACACCUGAAACUGCUCCUCCUCCACCCCCGCCACCCCCACCCCCUCCUCCACCCACCCCAGCACCUCAGCGAGCUCCGACACCAAAUAUUCCCGUCUCCGCACCGUCCCUCACGCCCCCGGCUGCUCCCACUCCUCAGCCUGCCGUGCCCAUGACUCAGAUUCCCAUGCCCAUGGACCUGCCUCUCUUUUCGCCGCUGAUGAUGCAGCCUAUGUCCCUCCAGUCUCUGCCCUCUCAGAUGCCUUCACAGCUGUCCACUGUGGAGUCCGGCCUGGCCGCCGAUCUGGCCCACCUCUACCAGCAUCAGCUCACCCCGGCGAUGCUGCAGCAGCAGCAGCAAAACAAGAGGCCGCGGACGCGCAUCACCGACGACCAGCUGAGGGUCCUGCGGCAGUACUUUGACAUCAACAACUCCCCGAACGAAGAGCAGAUCAAAGAGAUGGCGGACAAGUCGGGCCUGCCGCAGAAAGUUAUUAAGCACUGGUUCCGCAACACCCUUUUCAAAGAGCGCCAGCGCAAUAAAGAUUCACCAUACAACUUCAACAACCCACCUAUCACCACUCUGGAAGACACCAAAGUAGAUUCUAAGCCACCAUCCCCUGAGCCCCAAAGACAAGAGUGCUACGGGAGCAAGAGAUCCUCAAGGACAAGGUUCACUGACUACCAGCUUAGGGUCCUUCAAGAUUUCUUUGAUGCUAAUGCCUACCCUAAAGAUGAUGAGUUUGAGCAGCUCUCCAACCUGCUGAGCCUGCCCACUCGAGUCAUUGUGGUAUGGUUCCAAAACGCCCGUCAGAAAGCACGCAAGAAUUAUGAGAACCAGGGUGACGGAAGCAAAGACGGUGAGAGGCGAGAGCUGUCCAAUGACCGCUACAUCCGUACAACGAACCUGAACUACCAGUGCAAGAAGUGCAGCCUGGUCUUUCAGCGCAUUUUUGACCUCAUUAAACACCAAAAGAAGCUGUGUUACAAAGAUGAAGACGAGGAAGGGCAAUAUGACAGUCAAAAUGAAGACUCUAUGGAUUAUUCCCAUGAAUAUUAUUCCCUGUCAGGGUCAUCCUGUCACACACCUAUGCCCUCCUCCUCUAGCCUUUGCCCUCUCCCCCCAUCCAACUCAGUUUUCUCUCACAUGUCAUCCUCCGACAAGGAGGAGGCCUCACCUGCGAACGCUUCAAACCCUUUUGACGAUAAGCCGAAACACUUGACUGAAACAUCCUCUGAGUCCCGGGAUAAUCUCGUGUCUGUCAAGCAGGAGAGCCCACAGCAGCCGCCGACUGAAACACAGAGGGAGCAGAAGCCUCCACGGGAGGAGAAGGCGCAGGUAGCUCCAAAGACCACAAAGCUCUCCUCUCCCUCCCCCUCCCUGCAGCAGCAGUGUGGUCCCUCUGUGUCCCAGGCCAGUCCAGCUCCUUCCCAGAGCUCCCAUAUGUCACUCAACCCACUCCUGACAUCUGCCUCGCAGCAGCAGCAGCAGCAGCAGCAACAGCAGCAGCUUGCCCAGCAGAUGAUCCCUUACCAGUGUGACCAGUGCAAGCUUGGCUUUCCCUCAUUCGAGCACUGGCAGGAGCACCAGCAGCUUCACUUCCUCACGGUGCAGAACCAGUUCAUUCACCCCCAGUUCCUCGACCGUCCCAUGGACAUGCCCUUCAUGUUGUUUGAUCCCGGCAACCCCCUGCUGGCCAGUCAGCUCAUGUCGGGAGGUAUGCCGCAAAUGCCCAGCAGCUCUGCGACUUCUCCCUCGACGCCUACGUCCACGAUGAACUCCCUGAAGAGGAAGCUGGAGGAGAAAGCCGGCACCAGUCCCGGGGAGAACGACAGCACCAACAGCGGGGAGGAGCCCCAGCGGGACAAGCGGCUCAGGACAACCAUCACGCCCGAGCAGCUGGAGGUCCUGUACCAGAAAUACCUCCUCGACUCCAACCCCACCCGCAAGAUGCUCGACCACAUCGCCCACGAGGUGGGCCUGAAGAAGAGGGUGGUGCAGGUGUGGUUUCAGAACACCAGGGCCCGGGAGAGGAAAGGACAGUUCCGAGCCGUGGGACCUGCUCAAGCGCACCGGCGGUGCCCGUUCUGCCGAGCCCUCUUCAAGGCCAAGACGGCCCUCGAGGCUCACAUUCGCUCACGGCACUGGCACGAAGCUAAGCGCGCUGGCUACAAUCUGUCCAACAUCCUUCCCGAUCAGGAGGGCUUGCUGAAGAUGGACCCUCUGGAUAUAUCCGGCUAUUCUCACCUCGCCCCGUCUAACAGCGGUGGACACUGUUCUUCUCUGUCUCCGCUGGGCAAGAGCAUGGAUCUGUCUCCCAGGGGUUUGUUGAGCCCAACAUCCAUCAAGGUUGAAGGGAUGGAGGACUUUGAAAGCCCAACUAUGUCCUCGGUCAAUCUGAGCUUUGACCCGAGCAAACUGGACAACGAUGACUGCUCCUCUGUGAACACGGCCAUCACUGAUACCACCACUGGUGAUGAGGCCAACGCUGACAAUGACAGCGUGGAUGCAAAGCACAGUCUCAACAGUGGUGAUUUUCUCUCCAAGUCUGGGGUGACGGCCUCCUCUGUGGAGAAUGAUGACCAGAUGUCAUCAGGGCUGGUGAGCCCCGCAACGAGUUAUUAUGCCAAGGACUUUGAAAAUGAAGCCAUCGUGGACUACAGCGAGACCUCAAGUCUGGCUGAUCCUUGUUCACCGAGCCCAGGAGCUUCUGGGAGCAGGAGCACGGAUGCCGGCGACCGCCCCGGCCAAAAACGCUUCCGCACCCAGAUGACCAAUCUACAGCUGAAAGUCCUCAAGUCCUGUUUCAACGACUACCGCACUCCCACCAUGCUAGAAUGCGAGGUGCUCGGCAACGACAUUGGACUUCCGAAGAGAGUUGUCCAGGUGUGGUUCCAGAAUGCCCGUGCCAAGGAGAAGAAAGCCAAGCUGAGCAUGGCGAAGCACUUCGGCAUCAACCAGACAUCCUACGAGGGACCCAGAACGGAGUGCACUUUGUGUGGCAUCAAGUACAGCGCCCGACACUCGGUGCGAGACCACAUCUUCUCCCUGCAGCAUAUCGCCAAGGUGAAGGACACCAUUGGGAGCCAACUGGACAAGGAGAAAGAGUACUUCGACCCAGCCACAGUGAGGCAGCUAAUGGCUCAGCAGGAAAUGGAUCGAAUUAAGAAGGCCAACGAGGUCCUCGGAAUGGGACCGCAGCAACAGGGGAUGUUUGACAGCCCCGCCCUGCAGGCCCUCUCGUCAGCCUACCCCACUCUGCAGGGGAUUUCCCCGGUCCUCCUGCCAGGGGUCGGCAAUCCCUCGUUACCGGGGUUCUCCUCAUCAAACACAGCUUUAACACCUCCAAAACCUCCAAACCUCCUGAACAUGCCUGGUGCCAGUGUACCAUCACCUAGUCUCCCCACAUCUGGAUUACCAAACAAGCCCCCCUCCUCUUCCUCCUUAGCCUCUUCAAGCCCAGCCCAGGCUAGCACCUCCACCACCCACUCUACCCCCACCACCACCUCCACCUCCACCUCCACGGCCACGCAGCAAGGCCCACGGCCUGACCCCCCCAAAGAGCGUGAUGCCGAGAGGUCCAGGGAAAAGGACAAGCCCAAGGAGAAGGCCGAGAAGCCGCCCACACCGUCCUCAACAGGCGGCACCCCAGCUCCCUCCACCUCCGCCACCAGCGCUAAGAAAGAGAAGCCCGAGACUGCUGUUCCCGCCACCUCCAUGCCGACACCCGGGAUGGAGUAUGUUGUGGAUCCAGCUCAGCUCCAGGCCCUGCAGGCUGCCCUGGCGUCUGACCCCACAGCUCUGCUGACCAGUCAGUUCCUGCCCUACUUCAUGCCUGGCUUUUCACCAUACUACGCUCCCCAGAUCCCCGGGGCCCUCCAGGGCGGCUACCUGCAGCCCAUGUACGGCAUGGAGAGCCUGUUCCCGUACAACCCGUCUCUGUCGCAGGCCCUGAUGGGGCUGUCCCCAGGGUCCCUGCUCCAGCACUACCAGCAAUAUCAGCAGAGCCUGCAGGAGGCGCUCCAGCAGCAGCAGCGACAGCUCCAGCAGCAGCAGAAACAGCAACAGCAGCAGCAGCUCCAGCAACUCCAGCAACCCAAAGUGAGCCAAACGCCCGUUCCCCCCCAGACCCCGGGAACCCCCGACCACAAAGAAUCUGCCAAAGACCCAGCACAAGCUGAAGAGCAGAAAGGCACUCCCUCCUGCGAGACCUCUUCCUCCUCCUCUUCCUCCUCCCACAAGAACCUAUCCUCCGAGCGGCACGAGACGGACGGCAAAGGCACGGACGGCCCUCUCGACCAGUACAUCGUUCCCAAGGUGCAGUACCGGCUGGCCUGCCGCAAGUGUCAAGCCGUCUUUGUAAACGAAGAGUCGGCCAUCAGCCACCUGAAAUCGAUCUGCUUUUUUGGUCAGUCUGUGGCGAACCUGCAAGAGAUGUUGCUUCGGGUCCCCAGCAGCGGGAGCAGCGGGGAGGGCAGUCUGUACGACUGCCUGGCCUGCAACGCUACGCUGGACGGGGACAAAGCGCUCAGUCAACACCUGGAGUCGGCCUUGCACAAACACAGAACAAUCAAGCGAUCAGCCAGAAAUGCCAAAGAGCACGCUUCUAGUUUAUUACCUCACUCUUCAGCCCGCUUCCCCGAUCCUAACACCGCAUCUACCUCGCAGUCUGCCUCCCACAAUAACAACAGCCCCCCUCCUCCGCCCGUGACCCCCACCACCAUGCCGUCCUCCACCGUCUCUUCAUCCUCGUGCUCCUCUUCCUCCAUGGCCACCUCCCCGCACACCACAGCUGCCGGAAAACCCUGGCCCCAGGCCCCCUUCUCCAGAGCUUCGGCUGGGAAGCCCAACGCCACCUCUCCUUCGACUUCUCCUUUUUUCCCUCCGGUGUCCUCACCUUCAACGGUUACCUCAAGUUCAUUGAGCACCUCAGGGGUUCAGACCUCGAUACCAACAGACGUCUUUACCGAUGAGUCUGACUCUGACAGCAGUCAGAGGUCGCCGGGCCAACGGAGUCGCCUGGCUGAGGAGCCACAGCAGCCCAGCUGUCUGAAAGACAGUAGUAGUUGUAGUAGUAAUCUCGCUAGUGUAGGAACGGACUCCAUCCGAUUGUAAAAGAGCUUUCAAUGAUGGACAAUAUUUAAAAAAUACAAAAGACAAAAAAAAAAAAAAAAAAAACGUGAGAAAACCAACUCAAAAAAAAAAAAAAAAGCAGCGAUGUUAAAAAUGUUUAAAAUAUUACAAACCAAUUUCCGAAGAAAAGAUGUGUAAAGACUAACUGCAAUUCCAAAGCUUGUAACCAAAAAUUUAAUGUUAGUGGAUUGUUUUCCCAUAUCAACAUGCUGGUUUUCGUUUAUAACUCAAUUAUACAGUAUAUUGAAACAAUGAUGACUGCAGUGAAGCUUUGGAUACGGAUAGAGGAAAGCUGUAUAGCAAUGGACUGCCUCAAAUGUUGCUCAAAAUGGCCCCUGAAUCCCCUCCUCCGGAAGAUGAAUUAACAACUUGUCCCUCAUUUGUAUAAUUAUUCCCAGUGAAUAGCACAGUAACAAGAAGCCAGUAUGCACUGUAUGGGAGAAUAGUCUUACAUUUACAGUUGUCUUGCUAUCGAAGCAUUCAGAUACCAAUGGCUUGCUAAAAUGAAAAAAAAUAAUGUAAUGUCUAUUUUAUUCUCAGGUCAACAGCUCACAACCUUUUUUCUGUCACAGAAAUUCAUUGUUUUAUACUUUUUGUUCCGAACAAUAGAAAAAAAAACUGAUUUUUUAACUUAAUUUUACAGGCAGAAAGUAUUAAAAAGAGUAAAUAUUAUAAAGGCAUAGCUUUCUUGGGAUUCAAAAAGGGUAGCUGAUCUGCUGAUUUUAAACAUUUUAAAUCGUUUUUAUGGGGGGAAGUAGCAC